AUGAGAAUCUACGGCUGCUGACUGCAGAGCAGCUCCCCAUCAGUUUUCUGGACAACCGCACGUUGCUUGAGCUGGCGCACAAUGAGGGUCCGUCACGCCAGCUGCCUCCCCUGGUUGGGCGCAACGCUCUGCUGCUUCCUUGCGUGCCAAGCUAAGGCAAUGUCAGUACGGGACCGGCUGUCUCACGGCGUAGCUACGGAUGCUGUCGGUACCGACGAGACUGGCGCGAUUGCAAAGUCUCUUGACGAGCUGGCUAGCAGAAUCUCUGGACAGGGAAUUUUACCGCGGACCGACGAUCCAGUCCCUCUUCUACGGCUUGGCGGACCCGAGUACCCUUCAAAGGAAAAUCCACCUCUGCCGAAAAGCAAGGCAGGCGAUAAAUGGUUCGAAAUACCUAUGGAAACAAGGCCUCUCUUGCGACCCGGCCGUACCGACUCCGCGGCACGUGUCAAGUGGCCAGAAGUGGGUUGGUGGCAGCACAAGGGCACUGCCUCUUCCAAUCGCCUCAACACGGCUACGGCAUCGAGUUCCAGCUCCAGCUCACCCUCGAGAAAAAGUGCCUGGCAUCGAGCGACCAAAGCAGUGCUACAGCAGGGGAAGAAAGCAGGGAAAUUGGGCAAGUGGUUCAAGAAGCAAAACAAUCGAAGGGACUUGCAGCUACACAGUCGCGACGUCUUCACCGCCGAUGGCCCUUCCACUGAACUCAGCGACUCUAGACGAAUCCUUGUACGGCGUCAGGCCUUCGAGACGGGCUUGCUCAGAAGGGGGCAAAUCCCUGGCAAAAUGCGGUCGGCGCCCUCUUCGAGCAAGCCAUCGUGGCCUACCAUGUUUCCGAUGGACCACUCGGGCACCGACUUCGGUCAAAAGGAAGAACUGAGGAAGCAGAGAUCCUUUUCGCUUUCGCCGAUGCGCAACGGCAAGCCUCGACGAGGUGAGCUUGCUACACCUCCACCGUCUCUCAAGGGUGCUCCUCGAAAGCUGUCCCGAGCUGCCUCCGAAGUAGGACUGAAGGUUGCCACCCCCAAGCCGCAAGAACUGAAGCGGGCUGCAUCUAGCCCGUCUUCCACGCGUGCGCCUUGGCAGUCUAGGAAGUCGCGGACGCCUGCAACGCCAGAUUUUCUUCACAAAGGUAGGCCUGUCUGGGAGGACUGGGGUCAGUACUUCAAGCCCCUCCCACAGUCUGCCCGGGGCGGCGGUGACAUCAAGAUUGUGCCCAAGGAGGUCAAACAGGGCAAGCCGACGGGCAGGAAUCCAGGCGGACUGUCGAAGCUCUUUGCAGAUGAGCAGCAGCCAUAAUGCAUGCGCCGAGUUGUCGGCCGUCUCUGUUUGUAUGUCUGGCACGACCGCGUCUUGAAUUUUUACGUCCUCAACUGUCGCGCAGGAGUGGUUGGCUUGAGAAGUGCCCGAGAAGUACGCAAAUUAGCGGCGAUCACAUGAGGUUGUUGG